UCUUUGAACAAGUGUUGUGUAGUGACGACCAGUGAUGGCUGGAAAGCUGAAUAAAUUCGAAACCCCUAGUUCUGCUAGCUCGGAUAGGUAAAACUUGUGUGUGUUAACCUUACCCAUUGUUUGUUUGGCCAGCUGGCUCGUGUCAUAUAAAGUGUCUACACAGCAGAAAUCUUAUUACCAUACGCUAGCUUAGUCAUCAUUGUGUCCAUGGGGUGUAACCACGUGCGUCGCUUUAUUAUUGUAUGAAUUUGAUUCAUAGAACUGUUACAAAACGCAACUUGCAAUAUAACCUCUCCAUGCACGCAUUGCGAUUUAUUUUUAGACUUUUUUAUAGUACAUUGGCAGAUUGCUUCACGCUGUAUGUACGCGGUGUGAACAAAACACGUGCUUGAUAGAAAAGUCUCGCGUUUUUGAACACGUCGUCACAUAAUAAAGUGAUUGGGAACAGGAAAUGGAGACUGGACCAUUGGUCUUCACAAACCCUGAUACUGAAUUGGCGUUGGAGCUGAGCGAGCAAGUGUUCCUGGAUGAUGAGGACUUCGCCAGCAGGGCUCCGGCCUCGCCCACCACGGUCCCCAACGUGAGGCCCUACCGCCCGCCAUCCACGGGCUCGAAUAUCCUCAAGUCGCCGCGUGCACGGCGCGUCAGAACCACUUCCAUGUCACAGUCCAACAAGAGAACCACCGCGGAGAGUAUACUGCACGCAGAUCGGCGCACCAUCUAUACGGCUGGCCGCCCACCCUGGUACAACUGUACCGGCGGACAGGAGGUCGAGCCGUUCCUCAUUGGUAUAUGUGGUGGGAGCGCAUCCGGUAAGACCACAGUUGCCACUAAAAUCAUAGAAUCUCUCAACAUACCAUGGGUCACUAUAGUCAGCAUGGACUCAUUCUACAAGGUGUUAAACGAGAAGCAGCAUCAGGCUGCGACUCGCAACGAAUACAACUUCGACCACCCGGACGCGUUCGACAUGGAGCUCCUAAUUACAGUACUGCAGAGGCUCAAGGAAGGCAAGAAGGUCGAAGUGCCCAUAUACAACUACGUCACACACUCCAGGGAAAACCGGACAAAAACAAUGUACGGUGCAAACGUGAUAAUAUUCGAGGGUAUUCUGGCCUUCUACAACUUGGAUGUUGUGAGACUGUUGGACAUGAAGGUGUUUGUGGAUACAGACGCGGACAUACGACUCGGCAGGCGGUUGAGGAGGGAUAUAGUGCAGCGCGGCCGUGACCUGGAGGGAGUACUGAAGCAGUAUAUGACACACGUGAAGCCUGCCUACCAGAGUUACAUAGCGCCGUGCAUGGCCCACGCAGACAUCAUAGUACCUCGCGGGGGAGACAACAAGGUCGCCAUACACCUCAUAGUGCAGCACGUACAUAAACAGCUGCAGCUGCGCGGUUUUAAAGUCAGAGAGAAGCUAGCCGUCGCUCACGUGGGACAGCCCGUACCGGACUCACUCUACGUUCUAGAAGAUACUCCACAGGUGCAAGGUCUCCACACGUUCAUCAGAAACAAGGACACGCCCCGCGACGAGUUCAUCUUCUACUCGAAGAGGCUGAUGCGUCUUGUCAUAGAGUUCGCUCUAUCACUGCUACCAUACUCCCCUCACGGUGUCGACACACCGCAAGGAUUUACAUAUACAGGUCGUAAGUGCGACGUGGAGAAGAUCUGCGGCGUGUCCAUCCUCCGAGCCGGGGAGACCAUGGAGCAGGCCGUGUGCGACGUCUGCAAGGAUAUACGCAUAGGGAAGAUCCUCAUACAGACCAACCAACAAACUGACGAGCCAGAGCUGUACUACCUGCGGCUGCCGAAGGACAUCAAGGACUACCGCGUGGUGCUGAUGGACGCGACGGUGGCGACGGGCGCGGCCGCGCUGAUGGCGGUGCGCGUGCUGCUCGACCACGACGUGCCCGAGCACCACAUCUCGCUCGUGUCGCUGCUCAUGGCCGAGAUCGGCGUGCACACCAUCGCCUACGCCUUCCCCAAGGUCAAAAUCAUAACCUCAGCGCUAGACCCGGAGAUAAACGAGAAAUUCUACGUAUUACCCGGCAUCGGCAACUUCGGCGACCGGUACUUCGGCACGGAACCAUCCGACGACGAGUGAAAAAGACGGAUUCAGCGAGAACGGUACGUGCGACAGAGAUAGAUGUAAUCAUAUUGGCGAUGCGAGAAUCUGAGUUAUUCGUAUCGUUAAGGUUAAUGCGAUUCGAUAGGUAAAGUUAUUGCGAUUGCUGAUAAUCGAAUUACUAAUGAGUAAUUCGUUACAUAGGUUAAGUCUACGUCCAAUGAAUCAAUGCCAUUCAUAAUCGUAUCAACUCGAGCAUGGAGGAACACUAAUUACAUUAGGUUGGUAGUUUCUAGUCGGAUAACGUUCCGAUAGAAUCGAAUGAUUCGAAUGAUUGUCGGAAUCGAGUGAUUAGUAUUAAUCGCGUAUCGCUAAUUGUCAACUAGUCCAUCUACGACUUGUGUAUACGCAAUUGUUAGUGUAAGUCUAAUUCACAUCUGAUGAAGUGCAUUAUGCACAAGAUAGGCUGUGUUUACACUGUGACAAUUUUUCUAAAAUCUCUUAUUUGUAAAAAAUGUCGACUUAAACUAUUUUUACUGUAAUAAUGUUUUGUCAUUAGCUACCUUUACACGUACGCUCAUUCACGCGUGUAUCUGCCUUCACGCAGGAAAGAAUGUGCAUGUA